AUGUCCAGUCGAGGCUGUGCGGGUCCCCGGAGGAAGCGGGACAUCGAGGAGCAUCAGAAGGAGAGAAGGCGGGCUCUGCAGGCCCGACACCGAGCCAACCUAGCCACCUUGUUCGAGACACUGAAAACCGUCGUCUGUCCCACAUCCUACAAGAUGCCUGCUAAGGUAUCUAAAUGGAUGCCUCUCCUUUGUGUGUAGCUGCUGUUGCGAAAACAUUUUUGGUCAGCUACUAUAGAGCAACUAGUCAGCUAGAUAACUGUUGCUGGGUAGAGAGAGAGGGUGUGAUUUUGGGCUAGCUAGCUAAUGUACUCACAGUGGGUUUUAGGGUGACCGCAUUUUGUCCCGCAUUUUGUCCCUUUGUCACGCGUCCCACAACCAAGCAGUUAUGUCCCGCAUUUUAUCAAAUUCAAACAGCACUAAUUUAGAAAAAAAAAUGUCGAUUUUUUUCUGUAUUUCGGUCAGUUGCUAGUAAGAUUUAGAAGCUGUUCAGGGUCAUGUUGGUUCCAGACUUGGUGUAUUGGUACUGCUUGCAAUGCGGUAGAGAGAACAGUCUAUGACUUGGGUGGCUGGAGUCUUUUACCAUUUUUAGAGCCUUCCUCUGACCGCUGCGCCACUCGGGAUGGCCCAUGCCAAAUCUUGUCAGCCUCCUGAGGUGUCGUGUCCUCUUCAGGACUGUGUUGGUGUGUGUGGACCAUGAUGAUUCAUGUGGACACAGAGGAACUUGAAGCUCUCAACCUGCUCCAAUACAGCCCCGUGUGUGCUUGACCCCUCCGUUUCCUGUAGUCCACCAUCAGCUCCUUUGUCUUGCUGACGUUGAGGGAGAGGUUGUUGUUCUGGCACCACACUGCCAGGUCUCUGACCUCCUCCCUAUAGGCUGUCUCAUUCAUCGUCGGUGAUCAGGCCUAACACUUUCCUGUCGCCAGGCAAACUUGAUGAGUGUUCCAGCCCCUACUGGAUUGGCCGUUGAGACCUAGUAGCAGUACCUAGCAUGCUUGUUAAUUUGCUAGCACCCAGAUGAGGGCGACGCUAGCGUGGCUAACGCUGAUAUGGAUCCCCUGUAAACUAGCAAUAUAUUUGUGCUUCAAUCUGAAAUAUCUGACUUUUGUCAGUUGAUCAGAAAACCUUAAAUAAUAUCACACAAUGGCCACUAUCUCUGUUUCCAUUAACCCAUAACAGCCCGGUCCGUUUCCAUUAACCCAUUAGAGCCCUGUCUGUUUCCAUUAACCCAUUAGAGCCCUGUCUGUUUCCAUUAACCCAUUAGAGCCCUGUCUGUUUCCAUUAACCCAUUAGAGCCCUGUCUGUUUCCAUUAACCCAUUAGAGCCCUGUCUGUUUCCAUUAACCCAUUAGAGCCCUGUCUGUUUCCAUUAACCCAUUAGAGCCCUGUCUGUUUCCAUUAACCCAUUAGAGCCCUGUCUGUUUCCAUUAACCCAUUAGAGCCCUGUCUGUUUCCAUUAACCCAUUAGAGCCCUGUCUGUUUCCAUUAACCCAUUAGAGCCCUGUCUGUUUCCAUUAACCAAUAAUAGCCCUGUCUGUUUCCAUUAACCCAUAACAGCCCUGUUUGUAGCCCGCAAAAGCCAGCAUUAAUAGAAUAUGUCAUAAUUUACUAAUAUUUGCCAAGUUCUAAUAGUCCUCAUGUGCCAACGUACCGCCACGGUCUGUGACCUGGUGAAACUUGCACUCCUGUAGAUCUGAAAUAAUUUGAUGGUGAAAUUUGCAUCCAGCCAACCAGAAAAGCGAGGCGAAGCAAUUCAGGCAUUCUUUAAAAGUCAGGAAAAGGAUCCUGCAAAGAAACAUAAUUUUUAUAGUUGAAAAAUAGAUUUAGCAGGCAGUAGGCGUUUAGAACUAAAUGUGGAAUGGAGCUUCAUACUUAGGCUACGACGUGGUGACAUCACGUUCCCCUUGUACCUUCAAAAUGAUUCGGCAAUCAUCGUUUAUUAGAGGAACACCGUUUCCAUCAUUUGUUUUCGCAAAUAAAGAAAGUUCGAUAAAAGAAAGUCCACCCCGUCAAAUGGAUAACAAUGUUGUCGAUCAUUAGAAAUUGUCUCCUAUAUCUGCAAUUUUUCCAUUACACGCUAUUUUGUUUUGCGGCAUUGCUUUUGUCGAAUAAAUCUGGGUCGGUGGAAACCUGCCUACUGUCUUUGAUAUUAGCUAGAUUGGUUUGGUCAACCUGUGAAAGCUGAAGUUACGUUAGCAAGUCGUAACCUCGUGAACAAGCAAAUGUGCCGCCCUUGGAUUUGGGAAGUUACAUUUCCGGCCGUGUGAAAACAGCCAUCUUUGAUAAUGCUGGUAGAUCUUCACCUACCUGGUGAUGGAGGUAGAUCUUCACCUACCUGGUGAUGGAGGUAGAUCUUCACCUACCUGGUGACGGAGGUAGAUCUUCACCUACCUGGUGAUGGAGGUAGAUCUUCACCUACCUGGUGAUGGAGGUAGAUCUUCACCUACCUGGUGACGGAGGUAGAUCUUCACCUACCUGGUGAUGGAGGUAGAUCUUCACCUACCUGGUGAUGGAGGUAGAUCUUCACCUACCUGGUGACGGAGGUAGAUCUUCACCUACCUGGUGAUGGAGGUAGAUCUUCACCUACCUGGUGAUGGAGGUAGAUCUUCACCUACCUGGUGACGGAGGUAGAUCUUCACCUACCUGGUGACGGAGGUAGAUCUUCACCUACCUGGUGACGGAGGUAGAUCUUCACCUACCUGGCGACGGAGGUAGAUCUUCACCUACCUGGUGACGGAGGUAGAUCUUCACCUACCUGGUGACGGAGGUAGAUCUUCACCUACCUGGUGAUGGAGGUAGAUCUUCACCUACCUGGUGAUGGAGGUAGAUCUUCACCUACCUGGUGAUGGAGGUAGAUCUUCACCUACCUGGUGACGGAGGUAGAUCUUCACCUACCUGGUGAUGGAGGUAGAUCUUCACCUACCUGGUGAUGGAGGAAGAUCUUCACCUACCUGGUGAUGGAGGUAGAUCUUCACCUACCUGGUGAUGGAGGUAGAUCUUCACCUACCUGGUGAUGGAGGUAGAUCUUCACCUACCUGGGAUAAAUUGGUAUUUAGGUUAAAAAACAUUUAAAAAAAAUAAACUUCAGUUGAAUGCUUAUAAUUUUAAAGUCAUUAUAAUGUUGUCUCAUCGGUCAGUGGAAGAUCUUGGACCAUGCCAAAGGAUUUCUCAAAGAGCAGGAAGCCUACCUGAGCAGACUGCUGUUACUGAAAGGUGAGAGGAGCCCUCUGCCAUUUUGACGUGUACAGCAACAACAUGUUCUGUGAUAAAGUGGUCCGUUUCUAUUCACCCGACGUGUUUAGGGAUAUUCCUCGGCAAUGAAGAUGGGCCGUGCAGCUUGGAUGAAGUCAGGGCAGAGUACCGGAGGCUGCAGUCACACAGCAGGUAGACGACCAUUGACAAAACACUAGAUACUGGUACUAAGCGUAGGCGGCAGGUAGCCUAGUGGUUACGAGCGUUGUGCCAGUAACUGAAAGGUUGCUGGUUCGAAUCCCCGAGCUGGCAAAGUGGGGGGGAAAAAAUCUUCCGUUCUGCCCUUGAGCAAGGCAGUUAACAACACCUGCUCCCUGUGCGCCGAUGACAUGGACGUUAAAGACGUGGCAGCCCCCUGAAGACACAUUUCAGUUGAAUGCGUUCAGUUGUGCAACUGACUAGGUAUCCCCCUUUCCCUGCCACCUGCAGUUAGUAUAGAUGACCACUGGGAGGAGCCAUCUACCCAUGUUAGUGAACCACUACAGUUAUUUACACACGACACACAUGUCAAAUCAAUUUAUUGUAGAUGUCAAUUGUCUUCUUUUUCCAGUCUUACAUUAAAACAUGUUCCCUCCCUCCCAUUCAGCUCCCUGCGCUCCAGAAGACCUGGCGGUCACAGACGUCAUGGCGGGGCUGACGGAGAGGACCUGAUUGAGACCAGCGAGGAAGACUCUGUGGAGGAGACUCGGGAUGACUCCGCCCCCUCUCAGACGUCCGUCAACUCUCGAACCAACAUCCUGGAGUUUGAAGGGUGGGGGGCGCGUGCCAGGGUUUCCGCGGCGCCGGAUAUUUUUAAUUUACCGGACAUUUGAGAAAUUGACCAGACCCAUAUGCAUUGGGUUUAUAACCUGAUUUAGGGCGUCCACCCACGGCCCUCAGAAUGACACAAAUCACAUUUAGAUGAUGGUAAUUCACAUUAACAGAACACGCAAGUCGAGGAUGCAACGACGUGCGUUUCUUCUUAGCGAAUUCCGAUGUGCACUUUGAACAUGUUAGAAUAACUGUCCACAUUUACUUUUCCUCAGCCAACAAGACGAGUAACGAACAGCUAAAUAAUAAUAAUAUGCCAUUUAGCAGACGCUUUUAUCCAAAGCGACUUACAGUCAUGCGUGCAUACAUUUUUUUUUUGUGUAUGGGUGGUCCCGGGGAUCGAACCCACUACCUUAGCGUUACAAGCGCCGUGCUCUACCAGCUGAGCUACAGAGGACUACAGACAAAUCACCAGCCUAUGUCAAGCUAGUAGAGUAGAAAAGAUUAGCCCACCUAUUCUAUUGGUCAGCUUGUUGAGAAAGAAAUAGGGGAGUUGCAGCGAUGGGACAAGACUGUAUCUACCAAUUGGGCAGAAAAAAGAGAGGAGAUCUAAUAGGCUACUUUGGAGCAAGGUUAAGACACGCCUCAUAAUGUGGAUUAAAACGUUUCAAGUUUCAAACAAUUAAGUAUAUGUUUACAAAAUGCAUACUGCCUUCCAGCUCAUUGCAAAGUGGUGUGUCGUAACGCUUGCAACAGUUUGAUGCCGCGUUCAAAACUACUCGGGGAAAUCUCUUGACUUCAGUGCGUUCAAGACAACCGGGGAAACUGGGAAACAAACUAGCUCCAAAGCUUCAAAGAAGGUCUGCAGUAGCCUCAGCAGCCCUCUGUAGGGUAGCACCAAUAUAGCACUAAUAUGGUGAAAAUGAUGUAGGCUGUUUAUACAGGUUUGGCUUGGAAAGGUGUUUUUUUCGCCUGGUCACGUACAGCUGAUGUGUUGUGCGUUGAAGUCCACAAGCGAAGGGAAGAGCAGGAAUACAACGUGGCUGCUAUGAGAGUGAACUGUGUUUACGCCUGAUCACGGGGUGUAUUCAUUCCUGCCGAUUCUGUUGGGGGAAAAACGUUUCUUAAAACGGAAGCGAACGGAACAGAACGGGGAUAAACAUACCUGAAUUUGUCCAAUAGAAACUCUCGUUUGCAACUGUUGGACUAAUGAAUACACCCUGUAUCAGCUAGAUGCAGGCAAGCGUGUGCACGGCGGUGUUGAAUGUCACUGUCUGUCCAUGUUUCACUGUCUGGCACCUCAAUUUGUCUCUCGACAUGUGUCCACCUACGUUGUAAACUUUCAUUCAUAGGCUAGGUUGUAGCAACCUCAUGAUGGGUAUAGGGAAAAAUUCGAGUUUCAUGUAGCAGCCUAAACCUAUCGAUGUUACAUUGAACUGGGUGAAUGGAAUAUGAAUGAGAGUCAUCCAACAUGCUGUAAUAGAAAUAAGGCCCUGCUCAUGAAAACAAAAUGUGGUCCUCCCUCAUCUGAAACGCCACUGACCACCACUGCUGAACACACGCGCCAAUUUAAUUCCACUAAAUUAUACAAAUGGACCUAUAGACUGCUACCCCACGACGAGUCAAACGUAUCUCCAUGGACUGGUAUUCCAUCAGUCGAGAGGCUAUGAAGCAUUGUUUCACAAUGGGACUUGUUCUCCCGGACAAUGGGCCACUCACACACUCUUUGGGCUGGUUUCCCCGGAUACAGAUGAACCCAUUUUCUAACACUAAAAAAGCACGUAGUCUAGGACUGGGCUUAAUCUGUAUCUGGGGGAAACUGGCCUUCUCUGUUACUUUUAAAGGGACACGGUGACUUUAUUAAACGUUCAGUGAAAAGCAGGUCUGAUGAAAGACCGACUUAUUGACAGAAUGAGUGACAACAGAAUAUACUUCCCCCGAGAUACAACUCUCUCUUAUCCUUCAGUCUCUGUUGAAGCUACUCCCCACAAAGACCAAAUUCAACUGAAGGCAUUUUUUCCAUCGGCGCAGCCAGAGUUUCACCCCUCGGCUGAUUCGCGUCUGUUGGAUGUCCUGUCUCCGUUGAGAUGUUUUAAACUGUCCGUAGUGCGGUGAGUUAGUGCUCUCCUGGCCUGUGACUGGGGAUCAAGGACUUGGCACGAGGGGGACUUAUAGCUGGUGGCACCUCUUGACCAUGGAGAGUGAUUUAAAAAGGGCUCAUUCAUUUCACCAAUGGCAAACUGAUUUAUAACCUCCAUAAAACAGCUAUGAUAGUUGCCCUCCUGAGCUUGAAAUUAGAAUUUAAACUCCACAAUGUGGCUAUCCAUAGUAGACUACAGUAAUGUUCUAUCCCUAAUAGUAGACUACAGUAAUGUUGUUAUCCAUAUUAGACUAAGUAAUGUUGCUAUCCAUAGUAGACUACAGUAAUGUUGCUAUCCAUAGUAGACUACAGUAAUGUUGCUAUCCAUAGUAGACUACAGUAAUGUCUAUCCAUAGUAGACUACAGUAUGUUGUAGACUACAGUAAUGUUGCUAUCCAUAGUAGACUACAGUAAUGUUGCUAUCCAUAGUAAUGCUACAGUAACUGUUUGCUAUCCAUAGUAGACUACAGUAACUGUUGCUAUCAUAUAGACUACAGUAGUGUAGACUACAGUAAUGUUGCUAUCUAUAGUAGAACUACAGUAAUGUGUGCAUAGUCCUAGUAAGUCAGGAUACGUGUUGCUAUCCUAGUAGACUACAGUAAUGUUGCUAUCCAUAGUAGACUACAGUAUUUUCUAUCCAUAUAUACUACAGUAAUAUGUUUUGAUUCCAUAGGUAAGACCAACUACAGUAAUGUUACUAUCCAUAGUAGACUACAGUAUGUGGUUAUCCCUAGUAAGACUACAUUAAUGUUGCUAUCUAUGUACUAUAACGUAAUGUUGCUAUCCAUAGUAGACCUACAGUAAUGUUGCUAUCCAUAGUAGACUACAUAAUGUGUCUAUCUAUAUAACUACAGUAAUGUUUGCUAUCCAUAGUAAGACUACGAGUAAUGUUGCUAUCCAUAUAAGACUACAAGUAAUUUUGUUUAAUCACAUAUAGACUACCAGUAAUGUUGAUAUCCAUAGGGUAGACUACAGUAAUGUUACUAUCCAGUGACUACAUAAUGUUGAUAUCCAUAGUAUAACUACGUAAGGUUGCUAUGCCAUAUUCGACUAUACAAGUAAUGUUUGCUCUCCAUAGUAGACUACAGUAAUUGCUAUCCCACAUCCAUAGUAGACCUACAGUAAUGUGCUAUCCAAAGUAACUACAUUAAUGUUGCUACCAUAGUAGCACUACAGUAAGUUACUAUCAUAGGUAGGACUCCCGUAUGUUUUUCAUCCCAUAGUAUAGACUACAGAUGUGCUAUCCAUAGUAGACUACAGUAGUGUUGAUAUCACAUAGUAGGACUACCAGUAUGUUUGACUAUCCAUAGUAGACUACAGUAAUGUUGUCUAUCCAUAGUAGGACUACAGUAAUGUUGCUAUCUAUUAGAGGACUACAGUAAUGUUGCUAUCCAUAGUAGACUACAGUAAUGUUGCUAUCCAAUGUAGACUACAGUAAUGUUGACGAUCCAUCGUAGUCUACAGUAUGUUGCCUAUCCAGGAGACUACAGUAAUGUCUGAUAUCCAAUUUAGACUACAGUAAUGUUGCUAUCCAUAGUAGUACUACAGAAUGUUGAUAUGCCAUAGUAGGACUACAGUAAUUUGACUAUCCAUAGUCGACUACAGUUAAUGUUGAUAUCCAUAGUAGACUACCAGUCAGUAAUGUUGGCUAUCCUAUAGUAUACUACAGUCAUGUUGCUAUCCAUAGUGACUACAGUAGCUAAUGUUGCUAUCCAUAUUAGACUACAGUCAAUGUUGCUAUCUAUUGUAGACUACAGUAAUGUUGCUAUCCAUGGUAGACUACAGUAAUGUAUCUAUCCAUAGUAGACUACAGUAAUGUUGCUAUCUAUUGUAGACUACAGUACAUGUUGCUAUUCAUAGUAGACAUACAGUAAUGUAGCUAUCCAUAGUAGACUACAGUAAUGUUGCUAUCCAUGGGAGACUACAGUAAUGUUGCUAUCCAUAGUCGACUACAGUAAUGUUGCAUCCAUAGUAGACUACAGUAAUGUUGCUAUCCAUAGUAACUACAGUAAUGUUGCUAUCCAGAGUAGACUACAGUAAUGUUGCUAUCUAUUGUAGACUACAGUAAUGUGCUAUUCAUAGUAGACUACAGUAAUGUAGCUAUCCAUAGUAGACUACAGUAAUGUUGUUAUCCAUAGUAGACUACAGUAAUGUUGCUAUCCAUAGUAGACUACAGUAAUGUUGCUAUCUAUUGUAGACUACAGUAAUGUUGCUAUCCAUAGUAGACUACAGUAAUGUUGAUAUCUAUUGUAGACUACAGUAAUGUUGCUAUCCAUAGUAGUCUACAGUAAUGUUGCUAUCCAUAGUAGACUACAGUAAUGUUGCUACUACAGUAAUGUUGCUAUCCAUAGUAGACUACAGUAAUGUUGCUAUCCAUAGUAGACUACAGUAAUGUUGCUAUCCAUAGUAGACUACAGUAAUGUUGCUAUCCAUAGUAGACUACAGUAAUGUUGCUAUCCAUAGUAGACUACAGUAAUGUUGCUAUCCAUAGUAGACUACAGUAAUGUUGCUAUCUAUAGUAGACUACAGUAAUGUUGCUAUCCAUAGUAGACUACAGUAAUGUUGCUAUCCAUAGUAGACUACAGUAAUGUUGCUAUCCAUAGUAGACUACAGUAAUGUUGAUAUCCAUAGUAGACUACAGUAAUGUUUACUAUCCAUAGUAGACUACCGUAUGUUGUUAUCCAUAGUAGACUACAGUAAUGUUGCUAUCCAUAGUAGACUACAGUAAUGUUGCUAUCCAUAGUAGACUACAGUAAUGUUGCUAUCUAUAGUAGACUACAGUAAUGUUGCUAUCCAUAGUAGACUACAGUAAUGUUGCUAUCUAUAGUAGACUACAGUAAUGUUACUAUCCAUAGUAGACUACAGUAAUGUUGCUAUCCAUAGUAGACUACAGUAAUGUUGCUAUCCAUAGUAGACUACAGUAAUGUGCUAUCCAUAGUAGACUACAGUAAUGUUGCUAUCAUAGUAGACUACAGUAAUGUUGCUAUCCAUAGUAACUACAGUAAUGUUGCUAUCCAUAGUAGACUACAGUAAUGUUGCUAUCUAUAGUAGACUGCAGUAAUGUUGCUAUCCAUAGUAGACUACAGUAAUGUUGUAUCAUAGUAACUACAGUAAUGUUGCUACUACAGUAAUUUGCUAUCACAUAGUAGACUACAGAAUGUUCUAUCCAUAGUAGGACUACAGUAAUGUUGCUAUCCAUAGUAGACUACAGUAUGUUCAUCCAUUACACAGUAAUGUGGCUCUCCUAUAGACUACCGAUGUGCUAUCCAUAGUACUACAUAAUUUGCUAUCCAUGUAACUACAGUAAUUUCUCCUAUCCCAGUACGACUCAGUAAUGUUGCUAUCCAUGUAACUACAGUAUUUUGUCUAUCCAUAGUGACUACAGUAAAGUUGAUCCAUAGUAGACUACGUAAUGUUGCUAUCCAUAGUAGCUACAGUAAUGUUGCUACUACAGUAAUUGCUAUCCCUAAGACUAGUUGUGCUAUCCAUAGUAGACUACAGUAAUGUUCUAUCCAUAGUAGACUACAUAAAGUUGCCUACAGAUGUUUCUCCAUAGUAGACUACAGUAAUGUUGCUAUCCUAGAGCAUACAGUAAAGUUUUCUAUCCUAGUAAUACAGUUGUUGCACCAUAUAGACUCCAGUAAUUGCUAUCCAUAGUAGGACACCGUAAUGUUGCCUUCCUAGUAGACUAACAGUAAUGUUGCUAUCCAUAGUGACUACAGUAAUGUUUAUCCAUAGUAGACUCAGUAAAGUUCUUUCCCUGAGACUACAGUAAUGUUUGCAUCCAGUAGACUACAGUAAAGUGUAUCCAAUAGUAGCUACGUAAUGUUGCAUCUAUAGUUGACUACCCGUAAUGUUGCUAUCCAUAGUACUACAGUAAUGGUUUCUAUCCCUAGUAGACUACAGUAAUGUUUGCUAUCCAUAUGACUACCCGUAAGUCCCAUCCAUAGUAGACUACAGUAUGUGCCUGGUACAGUAAGUUGCUAUCCAUAGUAGACUACAGUAAUGGGGCAUCUAUAGAACACCCCAUGUUGUUAUCCAUAGUGACUACAGUAAUGUUGCUAUCCAUAGUAGACUACAGUAAUGUUUCUUCCAUAGUAGUCAGUAAAAGUUGCUAUUUCCCUUGUAGCUACAGUAAUGUUCUAUCCAAAAGUAGACUACAGUAAAGUUGCUUCCAUUAGCUCAGUAUGUUUGCUAUCCAUAGUACUACUAGUAAUGUUGCUAUCCAUAGUAGACUACAGUAAUGUUUUCUAUCCAUAGUAGAUACAGUAAAGUUGCUUCCUAGUAGACUAAGUUAAUGGUUACCAUAGUUACUACAGUAUGUUGCUAUCCAUAGUAGACUACAGUAGUUGCUAUCCCAUAGUAGGGGCUACAGUAAGUUGCUAUCUAUAGUAGAAUACAUAAUGUUGCUAUCCUCGUAACUACAGUAAUGUUGCUAUCCAAAUAGACUACAGUAAUGGGUUUCUAUCCAAGUAGACUACAGUAAUGUUGCUACCCUAGAACUAAAGUAAUGUGCAUCCAAGUAGACUACAGUAAGUUUUCUAUCCAUAGUGACUACUAAUGUUUCUAUCCAUAGUAGACUCAGUAUGUUGCUAUCCAUAGAGACUCAGUAAUGUUGCUUAUAGUGACCCAGUAAGUUUUACCAUGGUAGACUACAGUAAAUGUGCUAUCAUAGUAAAUACAUAUGUUGCCCAUCCAUAGUAACACAGUUGUUGUUAUCCAUAGUAGACUACAGUAUGUUGCAUCCCCUAGUAGAUCAGUAAUUUGCUACCAUAGUAGACUACAGUAAGUUGCUUCCCUAUAACUCAUAAUGUUGCUAUCCAUAGUAGACUACGUAAUGUUUUUAUCCCUGUAGAUCCUAAUUUGCUUCCAUAGUAAUACAGAAUUUUGCUAUCCCUGUAGACUACAGUAAUUUUGCUAUCCAGGUAGACUACGUAAGUUGCAUCCUAGUAGACUACUAAGUUGCUUCCUAAGACUAAGUAAUGUUGCUUCCAAGUGUACAUAAUGUUGCUAUCCAUAUAGACUACAGUAAGUUUUUAUCCAUAUAAAAACGUAAGUUCACCAUAGUAGACUACGUAAUUUACAUCCCUUAGCCAUAAUUUUUCUAUCCUAGUAGACACAUAAUUUGGCCUACCAAUUUGUUCCCUUUUCCGUAAAACAUUUAAAAAGGGGUUCUCUAAGAAAACCCCAAUUUCUUUUCCUGGACAAAAGUUUUUCUUUCCUUCUCCCCCCUUUUUCACCCUUAGCUACUAAAUUUCUAUCCGUAAUGGGAAUUUUACAUCCUGUGCCCCCUGUUCUAUCCCCCUAUUGACUAAGAAUGUUGGAUCCAUAGUAGAUACAGUAAAUUUUAAUAUAAACACAGUUGUUGCUAUCCUAGUAGACUACAAUUUUAAUGUUUUAUCCAUAGUAACUACAGUAAUGUUCAUCCUAGUAAAAGUAAGUUGCUAUCCUUAGACUACAUAAUGUUCUAUCCAUAUGACUCGUAAUUUUUUUUUCCAUAGUAAAUACAUAAUGUUGCUAUCUAGUAGACUCCGUAAAAUUUUCUACUACUAAUGUUGCUAUCCAUUAGAUACAGUAAUGUUGCUAUCAAGAGACUACAGUAAUGUUUUAUCCGUAGACCAGUAAGUUGCUAUCCUAGUAGACUACCGUAAUUUUGCUAUCAUAGUGCCAUAAAGUUGCUACCUAGUGACUACAUAAAGUGGUAUCCAAGUAGAAAAUAAAGUUUCCAUGUAAACUACAGAGUUUUUAUCCAUUAACACUUUAAAGUUUGCUACCCUAGUAGACUACAGGUAAAUGGUUGCAUCCAUAGUAGACUACAUAAUGUUGUAUUAGUAACCUAUUUCUAUCCCUGAGACUACGAAUUUCUACCCUAUAGACUACAUAAUGUUGCUUCCAAAUAGACUUACAGAAGUUUCUACAUAGUAAAUACAGUUUGUUCCUGUAGACUACAGUAAUGUUGCUAUCCAUAGUCGAGCUAAGAUGUGUUCCAUGUAGAUCAGUAAUGUUGCAUCCAUAGUAGACUACAGUAAUUUGCUAUCAUAGUAACUACGUAAUGUUUAUCCAUGUAGACUACAGUAAUGUUGCUAUCCAUAGUAGACACAGUAAUGUGCUAUCCAUAGAACUACAGUAUGUUGCUUCCAUAGUAGAUACAGAAUGUGCUCUAUAGACCAUAAUUUUUCCAUAGUAUCUAUUGCCCCCAUCUCCCCUGUUCUAUCCAUAGCUAGCCCCUACCAGUAAUGUUGCUACUAUAGUAGACUCACCCAGUAGCUACUCUUUGCUCCCGAUCCUCAUCGACAUCACCAUGUCACACAGUAUCUCCACCAUCGUGCUACUAUCGAUCUCAUCCUCCCCAGCCAGUCACCAAGUCCCCAGCGGCUCUCCUCACCAUCUCUGCUCCCCUCCCCCACCCAUCAGCUCCCACUCCUCCUGCUCCGAAUCCUCCACUCCCUCACCACCCAUCUCCCGACCUCGCCCACCCCCCCGAUGCCUCCCGCAUUCUCGCCCCACGUCGCCCCAUCUCUCUCGACCUCGCCCCCUCCCAUCUCUCUUCUCCACCCCUCCCUCCCCCAUCUCUCCUCCCACCGCCCCACGCCCGCCCGCCAUCUCUCUCUCAUCCCCCAGCUCGCGACCCAACCUCAGUGAUCACGGCCCCCGCACCAUAACACAAUUCGUUUCCCCACCCCUCCCUGCGCCACAAUCAUCUCUCCCCUCCCUCUCCCCAUCCUCUCCCCCCCUCUCCUCCCCCAUCUCUCUCUCUCUCUUCCCUCCUCUCCCCCAUCUCUCUCUCUCUCUCUUCCCCUCCCUCUCCCCCAUCUCUCUCUCUCUCCAGGUACUUGUUGUUCUACAGACAGACAUUAGAGAAGUUGAUCUGUAGUGGUGUGCUGAGCCCGGGACAGACUGGGCUGGCUGUAGUAUCUGAAUCUAUCUCAGGCCUGUGGGAUAGCUUCUCUCCAGAGCGCCGGGCAGCCUACCAGACCUGUCCCCCACAGCAGAGCACCCUGGGGGGAAAAGGGGCCCGGGGGAGACCCCCGUCCUGGUCCUACACCAAACCUCACCUACCUCCCCCCCCUCCACUCAGGCAGAAGUAG